AUGGCGAUAACCCGCACUCACAAGUCUCAAAGAACGGGUGUGAGGGCAUCAUUGGCAUGUGUGCAGUGUCGAAGCCAGCAUGCGAAAUGUGGUGCUGAGAUGCCCGUCUGUAGUCGCUGCCGACAAGAUGGGAAGCCCUGCUUUUAUGUUCAAUCUCGUCGUAGUGCCAUUGCUAAGGCAAGCACUCCAUCGCUUCCGGUAUCAGACACCAGUAGCGAUGUUCUUUUCCCUGCACCAUUAGCAGCAGCGCAUGCCUUUCCCAUACUGGAGAGCGACUGUCUUCCAAUCAAAUAUAAAGCAUUAUCUGUUGUACCACCUGUCCAGGCAACGGAUGGCUCUUGUCCUGGGGAAAGUGAGCAUGCGGCCUGUCGCAGGUUUAUAGAUGCAUAUUACAAUAACUUUCACAAUGCGCAUCCCUUUCUUACGCCAUUCCGUCAUUUUCUGGACUUUACCGACGCUAAUGCCCAGUCUCUGACACAUCUUCUACCUGUUGUGCACUAUAUUGGGUCUCUCUAUAUUAAUGAUGGAUCUGCAUCAUGGUUGAGAGAGGCAGCCUUGAAACAACUCCAUCCCACGGAUCUCACGGUCAGCGGUAUACCACUGAGUGGCUAUACCACCUUGGCCUUCCUUCUUCUUGCCAUUGCGGCCUAUGGACAGGAUGACCGACCUCAAGCGCGCCUACUGUUGAACCGCGGUAUGCAGAUGGCCAUUGAUGUAGGGAUGAAUCGUCGGAGCUUCGCCACCGCCGAGCCAGAUCCUGCAUGGGCCGAAAGCUGGAGACGUACUUACUGGGGCUUGUAUGUUACUGAUGUGAUCAUCGCUGGGUUUUGGCACGAGACUAGUAUCAGGUCGGCCUCCCUGUCAAGUGAUUGCAUACUCGGGGCUCAAAAUAACUGA